AUGAGAGUUGUAAAUCUAAUUCAAGCCACCACUGAGCGACUAACUUGCUAUGCUAUAAAGGGACAUGGUUUGUGCAGUCUCUGUGGCACAGUGGAACCCUCUAGACAUUCUAGAGGCACCUCUCAUGUGGCUCAGGAAUCCUUUAGACAUUCUAGAGGCUCCUCUCAUGUGGCUCAGGAGCCCUCUAAUCAUUCUAGAGGCUCCUCUCAUGUGGCUCAGGAACCCUCUAGACAUUCUAGCGGUUCCUCUCAUGUGGCUCAGGAACCCUCUACUCAUUCUAGAGGCUCCUCUCAUGUGGCUCAGGAGCCCUCUACUCAUUCUAGAGGCUCCUCUCAUGUGGCUCAGGAGCCCUCUAAUCAUUCUAGAGGCUCCUCUCAUGUGGCUCAGGAACCCUCUAGACAUUCUAGAGGCUCCUCUCAUGUGGCUCAGGAACCCUCUAGACAUUCUUGCGGUUCCUCUCAUGUGGCUCAGAAAGAAUCUAGACAUUCUAGCGGUUCCUCUCAUGUGGCUCAGGAACCCUCUAGACAUUCUAGCGGUUCCUCUCAUGUGGCUCAGGAACCCUCUAGACAUUCUAGCGGUUCCUCUCAUGUGGCUCAGGAACCCUCUAGACAUUCUAGCGGUUCCUCUCAUGUGGCUCAGGAACCCUCUAGACAUUCUAGCGGUUCCUCUCAUGUGGCUCAGGAACCCUCUAGACAUUCUAGCGGUUCCUCUCAUGUGGCUCAGGAACCCUCUAGACAUUCUAGAGGCUCCUCUCAUGUGGCUCAGGAACCCUCUAGACAUUCUAGAGGCUCCUCUCAUGUGGCUCAGAAAGAAUCUAGACAUUCUAGAGGCUCCUCUAAUCCUUUUGGCUAA